GUAAGCCAAAAUUUUUGAAUCCCCCAAAAAUAUUCGGAUCCCUCUUUCCCAAAAUUUGGGCGCUGGAAUUUCCCAAAAAGCAUUUGGCAUCCCCCUCUUUUCAACCCUAUCUCAUUCAAUUAAUUUUAGCCACACCAUAUUUUUUAGAUGACUCUAGCCUUGCUGAAUUUCCAUUCCCCCCGCUCACCGUACACAUAUAUUUUUUCCAGGUUCUACACAAAUUUUAAUUUUAAUUUGUUAAACUGUUUGUUCUGUAUCAAAUUGCUAAUCCAUAAGUAUUUGUAUCGACAAAAUAUUUGGGCAUCUGACUCGGCGUUGGUUCGGAAUCGAGGUGUGUUGUUCUUAUUAUAUGUUUCUUAGAUUUGUUUGGAAUCAAUCCAUAAGUAUUUGUUUCGUAGAUUUUGAAUCAAAGCCCUGCACCCAACAGAUUGAGGAAGCAUCUUUAGAAAAGAAGUCCAAGAUGUCAACUCGAAGAACAAGACCCCCUCUAGUGCAAGCUCUUGUUUCAGAGGUUGUUACUGCCCAUUAUGUUUUUUGUGCAUCAUGAGGUUGUUAUUGCAUUCUGUUUUUUCUUCAAUUUCAUAUCUUUCAAUUUGAUUACCUCUGAUACUUUGGAUAUAUGUGCUUGGCUUGGUGUUAGGGAUACUCUGCAUACUCUUUAUAAAUUGGAAAUCCAAAUUUGGCUAUUGAAGCGCAGCCCUUCAUUUUCAAUUUUGGCUCUUCAAAUUUGGCUCUUCAAAUUUUGACUCCUUAUAUGAAAUUUCCAUAUAUAAACACACCAAAUAGCCCCUCAUUCCUUAGCCUUAACAUUUUUAAGAUUUCUAAACAUAAAAAAUUUACAUUUUGUGUUUUAUUUAUACUUUAUUACCUUGGUUGUUUUCAAUGGCAGAUCAAAGAUCCAUGUACAAAAAAUGUAUGAAGAGAUGAAUCUAUUGUGGAUGGUAAUGGUGAUGCUGCUAUGCCAAAACCAGCAGUGCGAAAGACUAAGAGGGGUGAGGAUGUUGUUCCCUCUUCCACAAAGGCAAAGGGUCAAGCUUAAGCCAUUGGGGAGAGUAAAACCAUGGCUAAAAACCAAUCUUUGUGUAAUUGGCACCCUUACCUUCAAGAUUUGGUCUUUUUACGUGGUAGUUAAUAAUCUACUCCCUCCGUCCUAAAAUUAACUUCCCAUUUGACUUUUCACGGUCUCCAAUGCAACACUUUGACCAUUAAUAUCUCCAUUUUUAUAUGAAUAUAUAUUACAAAAAUAACAUAUUUCAAAACUAUGUUUCAAAAUGAAUCUAUUGACAAUAAAUUUAUAUGAAAAUUCAAUAUAUUUUUUCCGUAAUAUACGGUCAAAGUUUAAAAAGUUUGACUGCAAAAGUCAAACUAGGAAAUUAAUUUUAGGACGGAGGGAGUACUAUUUUCUUCCUUGCACUCCGUAUUGUUUGAUGAUAUUUAUAGUGGUGGCAUAGCAUAUGCAAUGAUGGUAAUUGGCCUUUGGAGGCUAAUUGAGUUAAUGACAAUACAUAUCUUUGACCUUU